GAAGAAUCCGACGAGAUCAUCGAGGUGGAUGCCUGGGCGCCCGACAUGACGGUUCCAGCUGAUGACAACUACGGCGACUACACGCGCUGGGGCGUCCAGGUCAUGAAGGACACGAACGACAAGCUGUGGCGCCUCAAGUUCAGGAGCCGCCGCACCGAGGGCUACGACACGAUCGCCUAUAUGGAGGUCAGCGACAAAAGCUGGACCGACAGCAUCAUGGCGAAGUGCGACGCGGGCUGCAAGGCCACCAUGAGCCGCCUGGUCAUGACGUGGCUGUUCUACUUUGUGCUGAAGAACCAGACGGCCGACAAGCAGAAG